ACUGCACCCAACUGAUUUGAUCCCAUCAAUAUUUGCUCGAAGUUUGUCAGAAGAUCUUUGAGAUGGGAUCACUCAGGAUGACUGAAAAAGCUCCUGGUGCUGCGCUGCCAGAGUCUUCAUGUGCCUACUUGCUUCAAGAACUGAAGAUAAUAUGGGAUGAAGUCGGGCAAGACGAAAACGAGAGGGAAAGAAUACUGGAAGAGCUAGAGCAGGAAUGCCAAGAAGUUUACAGAAGAAAAGUAAAUAGUGCAAAUAUGUCUCGGAUUCAACUGCAUCAAGCAUUAGCUGAAUCUGAGGCUGAAUUUACCAAUCUACUACUUUCCCUUGGAGAAAGAUCAUUCCCAGGCCGACCUGACAAAAUGGCAGGCACUCUAAAGGAGCAGCUGAAUUCCAUUACACCAGCCCUACAAGAAAUGCAGAUGAGAAAAGAAGCCAGAGUAAAGCAGUUCAUGGAGGUGCAAACCGAAAUACAAAGGAUUGCCUCCGAAAUAGCAGGACACUCCGAGAAUGAAGCUGUCACAGUGAAUGAAGAAGAUCUGUCACUGAAGAAACUCGAGGAGUACCAAAGCGAAUUGCAAAGACUGAAACGAGAAAAGAGUGAUCGCCUCUGCAAAGUUGAAGAAUACAAAGUCCUAAUUCACAAUUUUGCAAAAGUAAUGGGAAUGGAUCCUUCAAAGAUACUUGCUAAUGUUCACCCAAGGUUGCUAGAUGGACCAAAUGAACAACAGACAAAGAACAUAAGUGAUGACAUCCUCAAAAAGCUCAACGUGACUGUUCAGAAGCUUAAAGAAGAGAAGAACAAUAGAAGUGAAAAGCUCCAUAGCCUCGUAAAAGCAUUAACAAACUUAUGGAAUACUCUGGAUAUUGCCAUGGAGGAGCGCCAACCAUAUGGGCAAAUUAAGAUAUUUGCAUUGACUUCAGUAAAUGGUAUGUUAGGUCCUGGAAGCCUCACUAUAGACACAAUUCAGCAGGUUGAAUCUGAAGUUCAGAGACUAGAUCAGUUGAAGGCAAGCAAAAUGAAAGAGCUAUUCCUAAAAAAGAGAGCAGAGGUUGACGAAAUUUGCAAGAAAUCACACAUGGACAUGCCUUACCAAACAGAAAUGGACAACAUAAUGGAUCUGAUAAUGUCAGGAGAUGUGGACCAUGACAAUCUACUAAAGACAAUGGAUGAAUAUAUAUACAAAGCAAAGGAGGAGGCCACAAGCCGGAAAGACAUAAUGGACAAGGUUGAAAAAUGGAUGGCUUCAUGUGAUGAAGAGCGAUGGCUAGAAGAAUACAGCAGGGACGAGAGAAGGUAUUCAAUAAGCAGAGGAGCCCACAAGCACUUGAAACGGGCAGAGCGUGCUAGAAUUAUAGUUAACAAAAUUCCAGGCUUGGUAGAACACUUAAUGGCCAAGACACAAUUCUGGGAACAGGAGAGAAACAAGGUCUUCCACUAUGAUGAGCUUCCGCUUCUGGCAAUGCUGAAAGACUACAUGUUGACACUCAAAGAAAAGGAAGAAGAGAAAUACAGGCAGCGGGAGAAUAAAAAGAUACAGACUCUACUUGUAAAGAGGCAUGAGGAUUCAUUGAUGUUAAGGCCCAACACAAGCUUGAGUCGUCCAUCAAGCAGAGGCUUCACUACCAGCCCUGGCUCCACAUCCAUCUGGAGCAGCAGAGUUUCGACUAAAAUUCAACAACCUGACUCAGAGAACUCCUCAGCUGAAAAAGAUGUGCAUGCAAAAAAAGUUAGGAAUAGAGGUAUGCAGAGUGCGUUGGGAAAUAACAGAAGCUGCUCAAUUUCUCAUGAAGAUACAGCCUCCACAAUAAAACAAGGCCUUUCACCAAUUUGAUUUUUCCUCUCUUUUUUUUACCCCUUUAGAUGUCUACAGUAAGUGUCCGUCUGAUAUGUGAAGAUAGCACUACUGCCUAAAGCUAUUAGAAAAAUGAAUGGCAGUAGGUUUGUCUGCACCUAUACCAAAUUCAUAUAUUUAUUGAUGUAUGAUUCAGUAAAGCAUGUUCUUUUAGCUGUUUGUGAGCUGAUACUUCCUGAGAUCAUCAUUGCAAGACAGCACAAAAGAUAAGGGUGACUUACCA